CGCAUGCGCAGUGCUGCGCAUCAGUGUCGCGAGUGUUCAUGACUGUGGAGCGAGCGCUGCGGGCACUUUCUCCAGGUUUCUCCCAGACAAAAUGGCAGUGGAAAAGCGCUUGGCAUAUUCUAUGGUGCAGUUCCUCAGAGAUCAGACACACUGUGGCUCGCUGAAUUCAGAUGAACAGGAGAGUCUGGAAGUUGCGAUACAGUGUCUGGAGACAACAUUUAAGAUCAGCUCCAGUGACUGUCAUCUCGCCGCUCCUCAACCAUUAAGAGAGAUUUUCCUCAAUUCUCUCCUCAAAAAUGAUAUUGUCACAUUACCCCAGACGUUUCCAUCUCCAGAGGACAUUGAAAGAGCCGAGCAACUUAAAAAUGAAGGGAAUAAUCACAUGAAAGAGGAGAAUUACAGCAGUGCUGUAGAUUGCUACACAAAAGCCAUAGAGUUGGACCAAAGAAAUGCAGUUUAUUACUGUAACAGGGCUGCGGCACAUAGUAAACUUGAAAACUACACAGAGGCUAUGGGAGACUGUGAACGAGCCAUUGCGAUCGACCCAUCAUACAGUAAAGCUUAUGGCAGAAUGGGAUUGGCGUUAACAUCCAUGAGCAAGUAUCCAGAGGCGAUAACAUAUUUCAAUAAAGCUCUGGUGUUAGAUCCUGAAAACGACACCUACAAAUCCAACCUAAAGAUUGUGGAGCAGAAACAAAAAGAAGCCUCCAGCCCGACGGCCACAGGACUGGGGUUUGACAUGGCCAGCCUCAUCAAUAACCCUGCUUUCAUUAGCAUGGCUGCCAGUGUGAUGCAGAACCAGCAGGUUCAACAACUCAUGUCAGGCAUGAUGUCGAACGCAGUUGGUGGACCUGCAGCAGGAGUGGGUGGAUUAUCUGACAUAUCCAGUCUCAUCGAAGCUGGACAGCAGUUUGCCCAGCAGAUCCAGCAGCAGAAUCCAGAGCUGAUCGAGCAGCUGAGGAACCACAUCCGAAGCCGUUCCUUCAGCGGCAGCGCAGAGGAGCAUUCCUGAUCCCAGCAGAAUCAAGAAGUGAAGGAGUGCAGUUGGAGAAGAGUCGUGAGUGCAAUCGUUAAAUCCAUAUUUCUAUUGAGUCGAAGGCGAGACGGAGGCCGUGGCACUUUAUAUGGAGGAUCAGGAAGAAAGAGGAAAAAAACAACAACACGCAUUUAAAAUCACCUUAUACACAGAGAACAUUAUCUUAAUACCUGAGUGAGGUUUCUUUGUGUUCGUCUCUGUAGGUAAUAUUUCAGUCCUCUCUUUAUGAAUGUAGCUGGUAACAACAUCAGAGUUGCGUUUAUUUUACUAAACAAAUGACUGGUCAUCCGUUUGUGCCUAUUAAUCAGAUGUGGGACCAUGAUUAAAGGGGCAGUUCACCCAAAAAUGUAAAUUUACACAGCAUUAGCAUUCGAUUUACUCGCCCUCAAGUUUUCCAAACCUUAAUGAGUUUCUUUUUUUUUUAUGUAAGAUGUUUUGAAAAAUGCUGGAAUCUAGAAAGCAUUAGCUUUCAUAGUAUGAAAAAAAGUUCUUCAACAUUCUUCAAAAUAUCUUCUUUGUGUUUUACAUAAAAAACCCUCAAAUUUCAGUCUGGAACAACUGGAGGAUGAGAAAAUGACUGAAUUUAAAUUUUUGGCUGAACUAUUAAUGAAAUAUUCACCUUCAAAAUGAUAUAUACAAACAUGAAGGCGAGUAAACGUCGACGGAAUUGUUGAGAUUUUAGAUGAAUAUCUAUUUAACACAUUCUCUGAUUAUUUUUUACCACAUAUUCUGUUCGUUUUAGGAACAAGAGACAUUUGUGUGAUAAUCACUUUUUCGGCUGCUUCACGCAUCCUGUUUGUUUAGUCAUUUAAUUCACUGCUCAAAGCAACAAUCCAUUGGUAUAAUAAGUAUCUUCAUAAUCUUACUGUUUGCAUUUUUAUUUGCAUGCUCCAUAAUCUGAUAUUUGCAGUCAGGUGAGUGACUGAAGCUUAUGUAAUAUGCUAAUAAAACAGAGCAGUAUAAUGUUUUUGUCAACAAAAAAAAAAAGAAUAAUGUUAAUAAAUGUGUCUUGAAAUCA